CCCCCCCUCGAAAGCCUUGCUACGGUCGAGGAGACGGUGGUGCGGGACAAGGCCGUGGAGUCCUUGAGGGCAACCUCCAAUGAACAUUCUCCAGCUGACCUUGAGGCACACUUUGUGCCCCUGGUGAAGCGCCUGGCGGGGGGUGACUGGUUCACCUCCCGCACCUCUGCUUGUGGCCUCUUCAGCGUCUGCUAUCCCCGAGUUUCCAGUUCAGUUAAAGCUGACCUCCGCCAAUAUUUCCGAAACUUGUGUUCAGAUGAUACUCCGAUGGUGAGGCGAGCUGCAGCUUCCAAACUGGGUGAAUUUGCCAAGGUCUUGGAACUGGAAUAUGUCAAAAGCGAGAUCAUUCCCAUGUUUUCGAACCUGGCCUCUGAUGAGCAGGACUCUGUGCGCUUGUUGGCUGUGGAGGCCUGUGUUAAUAUUGCUCAGCUCCUGCUUCAGGAGGACUUGGAGUCCUUGGUGAUGCCGACGUUACGACAAGCAGCCGAGGACAAGUCUUGGCGAGUCCGUUACAUGGUGGCUGAGAAGUUCACGGAGCUCCAGAAAGCUGUUGGGCCAGAAAUCACAAAAACUGACUUGGUCCCGGCCUUCCAGAAUCUCAUGAAAGACUGUGAAGCUGAAGUGCGAGCAGCAGCUUCUAGCAAAGUCAAAGAAUUCUGUGAGAAUUUGUCUCCCGAUUGCCGUGAAAAUAUCAUAAUGACUCAGAUUUUGCCCUGUAUCAAGGAACUAGUAUCAGAUGCCAAUCAGCACGUGAAAUCAGCUUUGGCAUCCGUGAUCAUGGGAUUGUCCCCUAUUCUGGGCAAGGACAAUACAAUUGAGCAUCUCUUACCUCUCUUCCUGGCUCAACUCAAAGAUGAGUGCCCUGAGGUCCGACUCAACAUCAUCUCCAACCUGGACUGUGUGAACGAAGUGAUCGGCAUCCGGCAGUUGUCUCAGUCACUGCUGCCAGCAAUUGUGGAGUUGGCAGAGGAUGCCAAGUGGCGUGUGCGGUUAGCUAUUAUUGAGUACAUGCCCCUGUUAGCUGGACAGCUGGGUGUGGAAUUCUUUGAUGAGAAGCUAAACUCCCUUUGCAUGGCCUGGCUAGUGGAUCAUGUUUAUGCCAUCCGAGAAGCAGCCACCAGCAACCUUAAGAAGCUUGUGGAGAAGUUUGGCAAGGACUGGGCCCAUGCCACAAUCAUCCCCAAGGUGCUGGCCAUGUCCAAUGACCCCAACUACCUGCACCGCAUGACUACGCUCUUCUGCAUCAAUGUGCUGUCAGAGGUCUGUGGGCAGGAAAUCACCACCAAGCACAUGCUUCCCACGGUAUUGCGGAUGGCCGGAGAUGCAGUAGCAAAUGUUCGCUUCAAUGUAGCCAAGUCACUUCAAAAAAUUGGACCAAUCUUGGAUAAUAGUACCCUUCAGAACGAAGUGAAGCCAGUGCUAGAGAAACUUACCCAGGAUCCUGAUGUGGAUGUCAAAUACUUUGCCCAGGAGGCGCUGACUGUGUUGACGUUAGCUUGAAUCCGGGACCUGGCUCUGUUGUCUCUCCAACUUGGAUGCUGUUGGGCCGACCAUUUUUUCUCCCUUUCCCCUGCAUGUGUAUGACCAGCCCACCCGCCUCCUAUUGGAUGUACAUGAUGGAAUUAGGCCACGGCUGACUAUCGUCCUUUCGGGAGCCCCACCUCCCUCUCCUCCUCCUCCUCCUCCUCUUAGCUCUGUGUUUUCAGAACCUUCUUGGGCAGCUGUGAUAUUUUCUCCCCUUCUCAUAAUAGUCAGGUUCAACUUGUUCCCAUUAUCCGGGGGCCACAGGUGACAUCCUCCUCCUCCUCCCCCCAGUUCUGUGAAACUUGCGAGAGAGACAGAGCAGGGGAGGAAGGGGGAGGCAGAACCUAUUCGCCGAGGCCUCCUGUCACUUCUGGGCCACAGUUUGCACGGGAAUGCCACCGCCAUGCAGCGUGUAACUCCGCAUGACGCCCCCCCCCAUCCCCGUUGAGCUUUUCUCCCAAUCUUUACCUUUUUUUGUCAUCCUGAUGAUUAAAGCCGCCACCUUUUCCCUCCUACUUGCUUGGCGUUGGAAGUAUCAGUCAACGGAAAUGUUUCCCUUCGCUCAAAAUCAAACCCAGCAGUGGUCUUGAACUCGGUUUCUUGUUUUGCCUCCAGAGAAGGGAGAAGGGUAGUUAAAUCCUUGAUUGAACUCUCUCUCGGUUGAUCAGGCUUCGUAGUAACGGUGUUUUCCGACUCCCCCCUGCAUGAUUCUGUCCUGUGCCCUUUCUGUUUACGAUAGGUUUCCUUUCCCUGGCCUUUGGUGGAAGGAGGUAGCUAUUUGGCGCAUGGGGAUUGUGUGUGUAUGUGUGUGUGUAUGAGUUGAGUGAGUGAAAGACAGAAAGAAAGCCGUGGAGCAGUUGACACGGGCUGAAGAGUAAAAAAAAAAAAAAACAACCCAAAUCGCUUUGGCUCAUCACAAUGGGAUGCUACCUCCAGGCUAAAUUUAGUCCCAUAUUCCCACCGAACUUCCAAACAGGGAACUAUUCCCAAAUUCUGGUGGGGCAAAACGAAAAGAUGCUCUUUGAGGAAAGAGACAUCGGUUGGCAGGAAAAGAGGGGACACUGGGUCAUUUUCUCCAGCAGUGAUUGGAUGAUUCCUGUGGGCUCUUGAUUGGUGGGGGUGCUGAUUUCUGUCCUAUAGAACUUCCUCCUCCCUUCCAGCUUUGCCUUAGUGGUGCCCCAAGCUUUCCUCCUCCUUGAGUUCCUCGCUAGUUGUCUCUCUAACACUAGCAACUGGACAUGUUGAAAGAGGUGUGUAUUCUAACCACUCGUCCCCUAACACACGGACAGACACACUCUCUCCCUUCGCUCCCAUUAACGGGGACGUCAUUUUAAAAACGUCAGAAUUCUUUGUGUGUAUAUGUAUGUACACUUGUUUUAUUUUUUCUUCCUCCUCUCUCCGAUUAAUAAAAUGCUCGAUCGUUACUUAACAAGGCUGGUAAGAAUGAA